AUGCAGGCCCAGGAUGGGGCCGCAGCUGGGGUUCUAGCUGCUGCAGCCAAGGAGCUGAGGAGGGACCAGAGAGCCAUUGCUCACUUAGUCAUGGCCAUAGAUGAAGCCCAGAUGGUUUACAUUGACCAUGCCACCUACGCUCACGAGGUCUGGGGUGCCCUGCAGCGUGUGCAUCAGCAGGACAUGGCUGGGGCCCGGAUUCACGUCAUCAGACAGCUAUUUGAUUUACGGUUGCAACCCGGAGGCUGUGUCAGAGAGCAUAUUUCACAGAUGCUGGCGUUGUUCAACCGUUUGAGGCAACUACAAAUUCCCUUUACUGAGCAACAAAAAGUCUUCAUAUUGCUGAGUUCUUUAGAUUCUAGCUAUCAGACUCUUUCUCACACGUUGGAAGCUAUUCCAGCUCAGGAGCUUGACCUGGAAUACGUGUCGGGUAGGCUGCAGGAUGAGCAGGAUAAAAGGCUGAGAGAGAAAGGAAGGGCUGCGAAGGGGGUUGCUUUGUGCCCAGGAGUGGGAGUGCAGAAGAUGCUGAGAGCUCGGUGCAAGCUUUUGCAGCGAGGAGGUGCUACAUUUGCAACUCAGACCAACAUCUGCAGAGAAAUUGCCUCAGGGUCGUCUCCAAUAGCAACCGAGAGAUCAAAGGCAGAACACGUCGUGGGAGAAGAGGCCUGGUGA